GAAGGGUCAAGAUGGUAUCAACAUUUUCAUGGAAAAGGGAAAGCCAUAGCCCAUAGGUGCGAAGCUCAAAAGCUCCCAAAUUGAGUGGUUGUGCUGGUGGUGUAGUAAUGGAGGAUGACCGUCAAUGGGAUGGUUCAGAGAAGUCGGAGCAAGCCUUAACCUCAAAUCUCCAUUACCUCCACUCAUCAAAACUCCAACAAACCCAGUUGCGAGAUUGUUCAAUGGUGGUUAUCAGAGACAUCCGGCAACACAAUGACUGCUCCGUCUUCCCGCCAGUUAACCAUGAAAACCUGCACAUUUCUUCAUUGUCACACCAGUGUGACGACAUUUCGAUAUCACCUUCGCCGUCCUCCAUUUCUUCCUCUUCCUUUUCUCGUUCGGAAUCUUCGUUUUCACCCUCCGAUACUGAUGCUUGUGGCAUAUCAUCAUCAUUACCGUCUGAUUCACCGGUAGAGAAAAUUGAUGGGUUUAAUGGGUGGAUGAGAAUUGGCCUGAAGACCUUACGCGGGAAGCUUUUCGCGAUGAUUAAUUCGUAUCGAAAUUUUGCUUCCAACAGAAGUGUCAUCUUGUCAAUUGGGCCGGCGGUUUCUACGGUAAUAUUGGCGUGGUGGAUAUGCAUACGGCUUUGGUGUUGGCUGAAGGAGAGGAGGAGGAGGCGCAAGCAGCGUGAAAAUCACCUGAUGACCAUCAUUAAAGAGAAAGACGAGAGAAUCGCUCAACUCUUGGAGCGAAUUAUGCAAAUGAAUGAAAUACUUAUAGAUCGUCACAAAGCUUUGGCAGCCAAAUUGGCAGAAUGAUUUGCUCAUGGUGCGGAAUAUGGUAGCUAUGGUUUUAAUGUAAAAACAAUCUCAUGGUGAUCAUUCGCACUGCUAUCGCAGAGUGUCUGAACAGGUACUAGAGUGCAGCAUCUCGACCGUAAUGUAAGAAAACAAAAAACGCCUGACGAAGGAACCGUCAUCUCCUGUUGUACUAUUAAUCCGGUCAAAAUAGGAAGAAGUUAUUCAACUCCUCCAGAAUGAUUGGUUCAGCAAGGAACCACCAAAUUUUUGUAGGAAAGCCAGCAGAGCUCUCUCAUAUUGUACCUGCUGUUAUUUUACAAUACUAGAUGUAGGUUUUGUGUGCACAUGGAAUUUGAUGUAAGCUGCAUUUUAUAUAUAUUUAUAUAU